ACCACCUCGUCAACUCCUCAUACUGUCUCUCUCGUCUCUGCCACAACUGAGUAACGCAACGACAAGGUCAAAAGGGGAUGGCUGAAGAUCAACAGAUAGGAGUGCUCAAGGCACUCGAUGUGGCAAAGACGCAGCUUUACCAUUUCACGGCCAUUGUGAUAGCCGGAAUGGGAUUCUUCACUGAUGCAUACGAUCUCUUCUGCAUCUCUCUGGUCACGAAGCUCCUCGGCCGGAUCUAUUACUUCGACCCGACCUCACCUAAGCCGGGAACCCUCCCUCCUGACGUCUCUGCGGCCGUCAAUGGCGUCGCCCUCUGCGGAACAUUGGCUGGUCAGCUCUUCUUCGGAUGGCUCGGUGACAAAUUGGGACGGAAGAAAGUCUACGGUAUCACUUUGAUCCUGAUGGUCCUCUGCUCCGUCGCCUCUGGUCUCUCCUUUGGCCACGCCGCUAAGGGAGUCAUGACCACUCUCUGCUUCUUCAGGUUCUGGCUAGGGUUCGGCAUCGGAGGCGACUACCCUCUUUCCGCCACCAUCAUGUCCGAAUACGCGAACAAGAAGACACGUGGAGCUUUCAUAGCGGCCGUGUUCGCCAUGCAGGGCGUCGGAAUCUUGGUCGGAGGUAUGGUAGCGCUCAUAGUCUCAAGCAUAUUCGACCACCAAUUCCCGGCCCCGACAUACGCAGUGGACCGAGCCCUCUCGACGCCUCCUCAAGCCGAUUACGUAUGGCGUAUCAUCCUCAUGGUCGGCGCUCUUCCAGCGGCCUUGACCUAUUACUGGCGUAUGAAGAUGCCUUAUUGUUGCGUAUAG